UCGGGAUCCUAGUUAGACUUUACAGUUUGGACGUUUCGUUUUUAACUUUGUCCAGUUUUGGCUUCAGAUGCGAAUGUUUUAAUUCUUACAGUAGUUGCAACUGUGUUGUUGUUGCCUUUAUAUCUGUGGAGACCUUUAGUAGAUUUAUUUACAAAAUACCACAUUAGACACAUUAAAAUACGACGCUCCUUCCACCGAGAAGACCUCCAGCUGGGCCGCUCUGGUUCCGCUUCGGUCCGACCACCUCCUGCAGGUCCGUGAGCUGCGCAGCUCCGGCGCCGGUGGGCGGAGUCAGGGGAGUUUUUAAUACAGAUGCGCCGCUCCGUGCGCCACGCGCCCAGCGGCCAGCGGACUCGGCGGAGCGGCGGAGGCGACCGGACGGAACCAUGACCGCAGCCAGCAACACCUACGACGUGAUCGUGGUCGGCGGAGGCAUCUCAGGUUUAAGUGCUGCCAAGCUGCUCAAAGCCAAUGGACUGAGUCCUGUGGUUCUGGAGGCCAGAGACCGGGUCGGCGGCCGCACCUUCACCGUGCAGAACAAGGAGACCAAGUGGGUGGAUCUGGGCGGCGCCUACGUCGGACCCACUCAGAACCGCAUCCUGCGCCUGGCCAGGGAGUACGGCGUGAAGACCUACAAGGUCAACGAGCAGGAGAGCCUGCUUCACCAUGUCAACGGGAAGUCGUACCCGUUCAAGGGCUCCUUUCCUCCCGUGUGGAACCCCAUCGUCUACCUGGACUUCAACAACCUGUGGAGGACGAUGGACGAAAUGGGCAAAGAGAUUCCCCCUGAGGCUCCGUGGAGAGCUCCCCGUGCUGAGGAGUGGGACAGGAUGACCAUGCAGCAGCUCUUUGAACGCAUCUGCUGGACCAGCACCGUCCUGCGCUUCGCCACGCUGUUCGUAAACGUCAACGUGACCUCGGAGCCCCACGAGGUGUCUGCGCUCUGGUUUCUGUGGUACGUGAAGCAGUGCGGAGGAACCAUGAGAAUCUUCUCCACCACCAACGGAGGACAGGAGAGGAAGUUCUCGGGCGGCUCCGGGCAGAUCAGCGAGUUCAUGGCCCGAGAGCUGGGGGAGCGGGUGAAGCUGCGCUGCCCGGUGUGCAGCGUGGACCAGAGCGGGGACGCGGUGCUGGUGCACACGCUGGACCAGCAGAGCUUCACGGCCAAGUAUGUGAUCGUGGCCACUCCUCCGGCUCUGAACCUGAAGAUGCACUUCACCCCCGAGCUGCCGCCGCUGAGGAACCAGCUGAUCCACCGGGUCCCCAUGGGCUCGGUCAUCAAGUGCAUGGUUUACUACAAGGAGAACUUCUGGAGGAGGAAGGGGUACUGUGGCAGCAUGGUGAUCGAGGAGGAGGGCUCUCCCAUCGGCCUCACGCUGGACGACACUAAGCCUGAUGGGAGUGUUCCUGCCAUCAUGGGCUUCAUUCUGGCCCGUAAGUGUCGGAAGCUGUGUGGACUGAGCCGAGAGGAGCGGUUGAAGAAGAUCUGUGAGAUCUACGCCCGGGUGCUGGGAUCUGACGAGGCUCUGCACCCGGUGCACUACGAGGAGAAGAACUGGUGUGAGGAGGAGUACUCAGGCGGCUGCUACACGGCCUACUUCCCCCCAGGAGUCCUCACCCAGUACGGCAGGGUUCUGAGGGAGCCGUUCGGCAGGCUGUACUUCGCCGGCACCGAGACGGCCACGGAGUGGAGCGGCUACAUGGAGGGAGCGGUCCAGGCCGGGGAGAGGGCGGCCAGAGAGGUCCUGUGUGCGAUGGGCAGAGUCCCCCAGACGCAGAUCUGGCAGGCGGAGCCUCCGUGCGCGGAGGUUCCGGCGGCGCCGUUCUCCACCAGCUUCUGCGACAGGAACCUGCCGUCGGUGGGCGGGCUGCUGAAGCUGCUGGGCGUGUGCGGCGCGGCGGCGGCGGCGGCGGCGGUGGCCUACAGGAAGGGCCUCCUGCCGUGGAGCUAGGACACGCCCCUUUUCCGGCCCCGCCCCCGGUGGGACGGCCCACGCGCUGCGGCCGAGCGACACAAACAGCUGAUUUCUACCCAUUUCAACCCAAUGAAGGAACGAAUCGCCUUUAGUGUCGUGUGUCGCUGCCGGUGGUGCGUUGAUGGUCCCGCUGUUAAUUCGCUGUGCUUCUGUGUGUGUGACCGCUGCCUGUUUUAGGUGCUGGUUGAUUUGGGCCGGGCAGUGGUUCUGUGUCUGGGUUCCUGCAGGUGAUGGAAGCUUUCAAAUCGCACUAAUGAGUUUUAACCAACAUAAUAUACAGUUUUGCACCGCCAACAUUUCUGAUGAUCACACUUGGUGUUUGGUGUUUUUCUAUGAACGGAGGAGCGGAACCGGGUCGCUCGGUGCCGUGGGCCGAGCUGUAGUGGAGUCAGGGUGCGGCUCGUUGCUGUCUGUCGGUGUCUGUGGUGCCUUAAUGGAAGUCGUGGUGUUUCUGUCCUUUCUCUCAAGUGCCUCUGUGACGCCUGCCUGAGGUCAGAGGUCAGAGGUCAGAGGUGCCGGGUCUCCAGUCGUACAGUAGUGAAGCUGCUCUGCUUCCUGUCCGUCCUCGUCCUUCUGUGCGUUGAGCCUCUUUAACUCUGCUUGUGAACUGUUCUUGGUGUCUUUGAUUCCUCAAACAAAGCUGAUGAUGCUGAAAAGAAGAAAAUGUGAAUAAAUCUCCAACUCGUAUCAAA